AUGACUGAAAAACACCCUAAGACUCAGCCAUCCUCAGAAUCUAAAGACAUGUCGGCAUUCGUUCAGUUAGUCGAUGGAGAUGGUAAAUUCACCACUAAUUUGGACUCAUUCAUCACUCAAUCCAAUAUGAAGGGAAAAGGAGUCAAUUACAACAUUCUCUCUGUUUUUGGCCCUCAGAGUAGUGGUAAGAGCACUCUGCUCAAUAGACUCUUCAAUACUCAUUUCCCAACCAUGGAUGCUCGUUCCGGUCGUUAUCAAGUCACUCUCGGAGUUUGUAUGGCAAAGGCUCAAAAGACCAUAGAUACAGAUGUAUUAUUAAUGGACUUGGAAGGAACGGAUUCAAAGGAAAGAGGAUCAGGUGAUGAUAAUAUGGCAUUUGAGAGAAAGAUUUCAUUGUUUGCGCUUGCAAUUUCCGAGGUUUUGCUUGUAAAUAUGUGGCAACAAGAUAUCGGAAGAUAUAAUGCAGCUAAUCUUUCAUUGCUAAGAGUGGUAUUUGAGUUGAACUUGCAAUUGUUUCAAAAGAAUAAUCCAUCAAAAACUUUGCUUUUGUUUGUCAUUAGAGAUCAUAUCAGGUCAACAACUGAUCUUGAUACUUUAAAGGAGCAAAUGAUGAAAGAUAUUGAGAAAAUAUGGACAGGAAUUAUGAAACCAAAGGAUUUUGAAAAUUCUCAAGUGACAGACUUUUUUGAUUUUGAUUUUACCUCAUUACCACAUAAAGAAUUACAACCUGAACUUUUUGAGCAAGAAAUUGACCAAAUGAGAGGAAGAUUCGUUGACCCAAAUCAUGAACACUAUAUCUUCAGUCAAAAGUACAAAAAGUCAGUUCCCAUCGACGAUUUUGAAAUGUAUGCAAGCGAAAUUUGGAAAGUCAUCGACGCCAAUAAGGACUUGGACAUUCCAACGCAAAAAGAAAUGUUGGCCAUGUAUCGUUGUGAUGAAAUUUCAAACACACUCUUCAGUACAAAUUUUGAAAAGGUCUUAAAAGAAUGGAAUGCUGAGCAUAAGAAAAAGCAACUGGUUUCAAAUUUUGGAGCUCAAGCAAAAGAGAGAGUAGAGAGGGAAAUUGCUGCUUUUUUGGAUCAAACAAAAUUAUACGUACCAGAUGUCGUUGCAAACAAGGCAGCUGAGUUCAAGGAAAGAAUGAUUACGGAGGUGGCCAUGAUUUUUAACAGCCAGUUGACAAUUUUGAAACAGAAAUCUUUGGAUGCCUUCAAAAAACAUCUUCAAGCCGCUCUACAACACAAGAUUGACGAAGGACAGGUAGUUGAGGACUUUUCGCAUACCAUCAAGCAAUUUCAUGAUACAGUGGUGGAGGACUUCUUUUUGGACCAUGUUAAGAGAUCUGUCUAUCCAGGAUUAGAAGAACGAUUUUCUUUUGAUUUGAUUUUAGAAACUCUCGAAGAAGAGCUUAAAAUAAUCAUCGAGGAGUAUCGUGAAAAACAAGUAGAAGUGGUUGUUAAGGUUCAACUUGAUGAGCUUAAAAAACAUAUCAGAGAAGAUAUCAAUCCAUGGGUUACACAUCCAAACGUCAACCUUUGGAAAUCUCUUCGUAGUUACUAUGCUAAGAAAGUUCAAGAAGAGGAAGAACAACUUUCAUCAUCUCUUCGAGAAUUAGACGUCAAUGACAUUUCCAAAUAUGUGAAUAGAAUCCAUUCUACUGCUAGAGAAGAAAUAAUUACAAAAGUGAGAGAAAUUACCAAUGUCAUUUCUCUCACUCUCAAUAGCAAGUUCGAAGAGUUAUUCAAGAGAGACGAACAUGGAAUGCCACGAGUUUGGAAGAAUCUAGAAAAGAUCAAGGAGGAUUAUUCAAAGGCAAGACAAGAGGCCAUUGUAAUUUUGGACGUACUUUUCUUAUGUAGAUUAGACCACGAGGAACUUGAUAAUAUUCACCUCCGUUUACCAAACUUGAACGAAGCAGGAGCAGUGAGCGGUUUUGCAUUCCCACCACAGGAUGACAUUCAAAAUGCUCUGAAGCAUCUUGUUCAACCUGAGGUCACACGUGAAAAUAGUACCUCCUCUCCAAUUAUUGCUCUUUCUGUGACAACACCAUCCACUCCAGGUGGUGAGAAAAAGGUUGUUCUUCCUGUGAGAGAUGCAAUGUCUAUCUUUCAAAGUUCUUUAAUCAUGGAUGAAAAUGCUUGUGUUCGAGCAUAUGAAUCCUAUAUUUUGAAUACUGAACGUAGUUAUGGAGAUGCUCAAAGAGCACAACUUAUUGCGUUACAAAACAGAUCGAAUAUUCCUGGAUGGAUUUAUGUUGCCUUGUUAGUUUUGGGAUGGAAUGAGUUUUAUGCCAUUCUGAGUAAUCCUAUUUAUCUUUUAAUUGCUGUCAUUGUUAUUGUAGUUUUCUUCCAAAGUUACAUUAAGAAUUUGAUCAAUGACAUUAUGGAAGACCCAGAGUCGAAUCCAACUCUUGUGUUAGCACUUCGAUUUUUGGAAGGUGCUAUUAAAACGAGAAUUAACUUCACCUCAAAUGUGGAGUUCAGUGAUGUUCAACAACAACAAGAUAAGAGCCCAUCUAGUUCUCGUAGCGAUCUAAGUGAACAAUUCGAUGACUUGUCUCCUUCCGUGCGAACAAGACAAAAACCAAAGGCAUUCAAAGUGACAGAGAAAAUUGAUGUCCGCAAGCUUCACCAUGAUUAA